AUGAGUGUCGGUUCAGUCGCUACCGGUACCACGCCUAAAUCUCGCUCAUCUCGUUGCUCUGGAAGCAGGCUCUACACUCCGUUCUCUAAUUUAAGCCGCCUAUCUUUGUCAUGUCCUGGAAGCUGGGAAGGAGCAAGAAGUCGUCUGUGGUCAAUCUUCGUGCAGAGAAUGACGCCAGCGCAAGUCCUCGCUCCACCACGCCAACUCCGGCCAAUAGCAAACCCAGUCCCCGUUCUGGUUUGCUUGGAAACUAUCAGAGUAGCGUGGGCUGAGGGACUCGCAGUGCCUGAUGGUGGUGCUUUGCCUCCCGCUGUUCAAGCGGCUCUCGACUCUCAGCAGGCCAAAGUGGCUGCUGCCGUUUCUCCGUCGAGCGUCACCCAGCAACGUCUUGCCAACAAAUCGCGAGGCAACAGAGAUUCCGUUCAACGUGCCCAAUGCUGGUGGCUUCCGUACCUUGUCAUGGAGUACGAGGUCAAUCAAGUUCUCAUCACACCGCUCGGUGGCGAAAUCGACAAACCCAUAUUCAUGUAUCAGGUUCACUUCGAUGUUUCCCGAAACUCUGAAAUAUCAAUGCAAUGCUAUUUGCGUGCUGAGGAACCGAAACGAGGAGAGGGUGCUGACGAUCUGGGGAAUGACGUUUUCAUGGGCGGCAUCAAGUUCAUUCCCAAUUUCGACGACGGCGGCCAACAGGAUCAGUGGUACGACCUCGUCGGAGGUCCGGGCAAAAUCCAGAUUGGCGUCUCCUACCAGCCGAUGACUCAGUCCUUGUCCAUCGAAGACUUUGAAUUAAUCACUGUCAUUGGAAAGGGCAGCUUUGGCAAGGUCAUGCAAGUCCGCAAACGCGACACUUCCCGUAUCUAUGCGCUCAAGACCAUCCGCAAGAUGCACAUUGUUAACCGCAAUGAAAUCACGCAUACACUUGCAGAGCGCCUGGUUCUUGCCCAAGUCAACAGCCCAUUCAUCGUACCUCUCAAAUUUGGUUUCCAGUCAGAGCAAAAGCUCUACCUCGUACUUGCCUUUGUCAAUGGAGGAGAGCUUUUCCAUCAUCUCCAACGAGAGCAGCGAUUCAACGAGGAACGUGCGCGCUUCUACAGCGCAGAACUACUCCUCGCACUCGAGCAUCUGCAUGAGCUCGAUGUUGUCUAUCGGGAUCUGAAGCCCGAAAACAUCCUUCUCGAUUUCACUGGCCAUAUAGCUCUGUGUGAUUUCGGCCUUUGCAAGCUGAAUAUGAAGGCGGACGACAAGACCAACACAUUCUGUGGAACUCCAGAAUAUCUCGCUCCCGAAAUCUUGAAUGGCCAUGGCUACAACAAGGCAAUCGAUUGGUGGACAUUAGGUGUCCUCCUUUAUGAGAUGCUCGCGGGUUUGCCUCCCUUUUAUGAUGAGGUGACGGAUCGCAUGUAUGAGAAGAUUUUGAACGAUCCCCUCGUCUUCCCACCCGAAAUCGGUCCAGAGGCUCGGAGUAUUCUUACCCAGCUCCUUGACCGCGACCCCACGCAACGGUUGGGCGUUAAUGGCGCAUCCGAGAUCAAGAAGCAUCCAUUCUUUGCAAGCAUGGACUUCAAACUUCUUAGCCAGAAGAAGCUCCAGCCCCCAUUCAAGCCGAACGUUACUAGCCCAGUGGAUGUGUCUAACUUUGACACUGUGUUCACGGUUGAACCACCAGUCGACAGUGUAGUCGAAAACUCGAAUCUUUCGGAGACUGUGCAAGCACAGUUUUCGGGUUUCUCCUACUAUGGAGCAAACAUUCCUGUUGGUUCUGUGCAAUCGUAA